AUGCCUGAUUCAUGGGUGUCGUGGAUCACCUGGUUUUGUGGACUUAGAGGAAACGAAUUCUUCUGUGAGGUUGAUGAAGAGUACAUACAAGAUCGCUUUAACCUUACUGGUCUCAAUGAGCAGGUUCCAAAAUAUCGUCAGGCUCUCGAUAUGAUCCUAGAUUUAGAGCCAGGUGAACGAUUUGUAUUCAAUUUGUCAGCAAAGGACGAUAUGGAGGAUAACCCGACAAAUACUGACCUAGUCGAACAAGCAGCUGAAAUGCUGUAUGGUCUAAUCCAUGCAAGAUAUAUUCUAACUAACAGAGGAAUUGGCCAGAUGGUUGAAAAGUGGCGUGAUCACGACUUUGGCGUUUGUCCGCGUGUAUACUGUGAAAAUCAAGCUAUGCUUCCCAUUGGGCUCUCGGAUGUUCCUGGAGAAGCUAUGGUGAAGCUCUACUGCCCACGCUGUUGCGAUGUGUAA